UCAAGCACGCGCCACGGAGGCCGGCAGCGACGACGAGGCGCUGAAGGGGCGGCGCAAGGACGGACGUGACCUCGCACUCGCGCCGCGGCCGUCGGGGGAACCGCACGCUCGCCGUCAUGUCGGGAAACGUGGCCGAAAUCAGCGUGCAGAGAAGAGCCUCGGCGCCUCGCGUGGAAGCCAGGAAGCACAAGCCGGUCAAGGAGAAGGAUGGCGGAGACGCGAGGGAACUCAGGGAAAAGAUACUUAGUCGACUCAAGAUUGUGGGUAAGCUCAUCCUCUCAGUGCUGUUGGAGUUCCUGAAGCUGAACGGGCAGGCGCUGUAUCUGCUGGGGAAGGACGCCCUCGAGCUGGUUGUUCCCCCGAAGGAAAAGUCACUGCGCGGGUCGCUGGUGCUGAUCACAGGGUCGGGACAAAACCUCGGGCGUGAGUUAUCUCUUCAGCUUUCCCAACACGGCGCUAGACUAGUGCUGUGGGACUUUAACGAGGACCAAAAUGAGGAGACGGCGAAGAUGAUCCGCGACGCAGGAGGCGAGGCACACGCCUUCACCUGCGACGUGUCCGACCAGAAAGCAGUCGCCUUCGUGGCCGCCAAGGUGAGGGAAGAGAUCGGACACCCAGAGAUCGUGAUCAACAAUGCAGGAACCUACUGCUACAAGCCCUUCCUCACACACUCCCCCGAGGAAAUCAGUCGGCUGGUCUCUGUCAACCUGCUGGGUAAUCUGUGGGUGACGAGAGAGUUCCUGGCCCACAUGAUCGACCUCGGCCGCGGACAUGUCGUGAGCGUGUCGUCCAUCCUGGGCUACAUGGGGAGGAACUACGUCGUGCCUUACUGUGCCUCCAAGUUCGGCGUCAAAGGCAUGACGGAGGCCCUGGCGGAGGAGGUGCGGAAGUCGGGGAAGGGGCAGAACAUCUGCGUCACGGCCGUCCAUCCCUUCCUUAUCUCCAAUGUCAGUGACGUGAAGCCGAACCUCAAGUUCCCGUCGCUGUUCGAGGUCCUGACGCCCACCGAGGCCGCCAGGAGGAUCAUCCGGGGCAUCAGGAGGAACCAGGAGGAGCUGUUCCUUCCGGAGAAACUCAAGCCUCUUAUGAUGAUGUCGAAAGUGCUGCCCCGUAGCCUGCGGCGUCUCUUCGGGGACUACAUGGAAUACUGACCCUGGCCGUGGCUCGGUCAGCGCCAGAUCAGAACAGGAAUGCGCUGUGUCUUGCCGAUGGUCUCGUUAUGUGCAAGGUCUAUAUAAGUACUUAUAUAGACCUUGGUGAUAUGUAUCACAAAGGAUGAGCCCAACACAGCCAUGCAGAUUCUCAAUGGAGGGUCACUUGUAUCGGAUGAUAAAGCACAUUUUAACUUAAAGAUGAUUA